GCCACCAAGGGCGCUGUUAUCUUCCUGCAUCAGUUUUAAUGUAUUUUUUAUUUAUUUAUUUUUUACAUUAAAGCGUUUCCUUUGCUGGUUGGUAACGUGGUUGUCAGUAGGUUCCAUCUGUACAUGUGGUUAAUGCUGUUGGACUUAAUAAAUAAAUGUAGAACGUACAAUUCGCCUUUAAAUGCACUGCAGAUGUAGCACGAGCUCCUUUAGACUAACGCUAGCUGGCUAAUGCAGUGACUAUAAACAAACCAAAACAAAGACCUUACCCACUGAAUUAACAUCCGUAAACUAAAGUAUUUCCACUGGCAGCAAAACAUGGAUCGUCUGACAUCUUUUGGGAAUGAUCCUUUUGACAAGCCUCCAUGUCUGGGUUGUUCCUCAUACUUGGUGGAGCCCUAUGUAAAAUGUGCUGAAUGUGGACCUUCCCCUUUUGUCCUCUGCCUCCAGUGUUUCACUAGGGGAUAUGAGUAUAAAAAGCACCAGAGUGACCACAAAUAUGAGAUCAUGACGUCAGAUUUUCCAGUACUGGAGCCUGGCUGGACUGCCCAAGAGGAGAUGGCUCUUCUAGAAGCAGUCAUGGACUGUGGCUUUGGGAAUUGGCAGGAUGUGGCUUACCAAAUGCGCACCAAGACCAAGGAGGAAUGUGAAGGGCACUACAUGAAGAACUUUAUCAACAACCCGCUUUUUGCUUCCACUCUGCUCAGUCGGAGGCAAGUGGAGGAGGCUCGCACACCCGAUACUGCCAUCCCGUUUAAACCCUGUGAUGAUCCUCCAAGACCUUCAUUCGACUCUCAGCUUUCCAGGGACAUGGCUGGUUACAUGCCAGCUCGUGCAGAUUUCAUGGAGGAAUUUGAUAAUUACGCAGAAUGGGAUCUGAAAGAUAUUGAUUUUGUUGAUGACGACUCUGAUAUUCUUCACGCUCUUAAAAUCGCAGUUGUGGACAUCUAUCAUUCAAGAUUAAAAGAGAGACAGCGAAGGAAAAAGAUCAUUCGGGACCAUGGGCUCAUAAACUUGCGCAAGUUUCAGAUACUGGAAAGACGUUACCCUAAAUUGGUACAGGAUCUGUAUGAUGCCAUGAGGCGCUUCGCCAGGGUCAUGGGGCCACUAGAGCACGAUAAGUUCAUCGAAGCCCAUGCUUUGGAGUUUGAAUUGAGGAGGGAGAUUCACAGGCUGCAGGAGUACAGAAGAGAAGGGAUCCAGUCUUUUUGUGGAGCGAAGGUGUACGAGCAGGUGAAGCAAGCACGUGAGGAUGAGCGGAAUAAGAGGAAUAUGCUGUGUGAGGUUCUUCAGUACAUUCAUGACGGUCGCGCCUGCCAGCAGUGGCUCCACAAACAAGCUGCCAUUGAUGCUGGCAUUACUCCCACCAUCACUACCAUCACUACCUCAGGAAGACGAAGUGCGCCUCCUCUGAACUUGACCGGGUUGCCAGGUACAGAAAAGCUCAAUGAAAGGGAAAAAGAGCUGUGUCAGGUGGUGCGCCUCGUCCCCGGCGCGUACCUCGAGUACAAACAGGCUCUGCUGAACGAGUGCCAGCGUCAGGGAGGCCUCCGACUGGCACAGGCUCGCUCGCUCAUCAAGAUCGACGUGAACAAAACUCGCAAAAUCUAUGACUUCCUCAUCAAAGAAGGCUACAUUAACAAACUUUAAGCGCAGUGAGCGAGAGCGCACGGUACACUUCUGCCAGGCAGAGAGGUGACGCACUGCACAGAAGCUCUGAUUGACCAUAACAGGCAUUCACAUCAUGGGGAGUUUGGAUGGAGACGUACGUGUGUGUUGUUUCUCUGGUGUCACUGAGCAGAAACAGGACUGUUCCAGAAGCAUGUGAUACUGUAACUUUACAAAAUAAAUAUAUAAAUGGAUUUUUUUUAACAGUU